GACGACCCAACGUCCCAGCUGCUGGCCAACUUUCGCCUUUCUUCGCCAUCAUCGCCUCCUCUCCCAUUCAUUCCUUCCUUCCUUCCACACGAGAGCCUGCCUUUUUCCCGAUCCGCAUCGUCAUCAAAUGGGCCAUCUUUUCCUCCUCCUGGUAGCCCUCCUCCUACUCACCUCCACGCGUGCCGCCGCCGCCGUCCACGCCAAAGCUUCGGUCAUUGAGGAGGCGAGUUUCGCUGGCAUCAGAGGCGUGAUCGGAUCCAGGCCGCCGACCUGCGAGGGGAGGUGCAGGUCCUGUGGCCAUUGCGAGGCAGUGCAGGUGCCCGUAUCUCCGCAGCAGCUUCAGAGGAGGAAGAAGGAGGGUCUCGGCCUUGGCAGCAGCAGAGCUGCUGCUGCUGCUGCCGGUGGAAGAGCAAGAGCAAUGCCGGCCUCCUACUACGACCACUCCAACUACAAGCCCCUGAGCUGGCGAUGCAAGUGUGGGCGGCACAUCCUGGACCCUUGAAAGAUGAAACGCCAGCGCUGGUCGAUCGGAACCAGUCUUCUGCUGCGCUUGUGGAUAUAAUGUACUAAUAGUACAGGAUCACUUUUGGGUUUGGUGAUUGUUUUCAUCUUUCCUCUUAUAUUAUGAUCAAGAAGGUGCUGCUGUCCCUUUUGGCCGUGGUGAUCACCGGAGAAACGUAUAUGGUGACAAGCGUAUAUAUGCUCCUCUUGCUUUACAUGGACGCUUGCCGUCAGUUAACUCGACGCUGCUGCUGGAUAAUAGCAUUCAGUGCCAGACUAUUAUGGCAUCCAAGCUAGGUAAUUUUGUUCAAGCUUGGUUCGAUCUAUCUAAGCCAUCCUUUAUUUUGGCUUCACUUUUGUCAGAGAGCACAUCCAGCUACCAUCUUUUUGGAUCAGC